AUGGCAACGUCGUCAUCCAAGCCUGCCCAGCCGAAGAAUACGCAAGAUCGCGGCUCCACGGCGAUUCAGAAAUGCGUCAUCAGGCUCUCUAUCUCAACGAUCUCUUCGCUUUCUUGCUGUAAAUGCGCUCCAAGUCCAAGAGCCAUCGCCGUACAAUGUCAUGGCACGAAUAUCUACAAAGGCAGCCCUUACUAUUUGUCGAUCAAGAUGAGGAACCGAAGCGAGCUAGACACAUCAUCCAUAUAUGAUGCAGACUUAAGUUCUGAUGCGGCAACCUUCGAAGCUGCGAAAAAUACACCAGAGCACUGCAUAGUGCGGAGGAAAGACUCCACCUGCAUCGAGGCAGGGUCAACUCACAGUAAGCCCUCAGACCUAGCUGCUCAGGCACAACCUCAAGCCGAGGUACAUAUCCACAACCCGCAACUUGGGACCAAGAACUCCAAGAGCCCUCGACGCUGUGGCAAGGCCGACUGGCGACCCGAUGUAUCAUCAGCACUGUUCUCUGCAUCGGGACAACAGUAUGGUCUAGGUGAUCAUCAACGCGGCUACCUCUCCAACACUUACGUUACUUAUUUGAGCUAUCCAGAUUCGGUUACUGACCAGCAGUCUAUGAUGUUCACAACUCCCGGCCCCUCGCUUCAUAACGAUACUACAGACCCAGAAGAUCACGAACGCACAUCUUCAGUCACAUCAGUGUCUCUUGGCUCCCAAACUGGUAUCACGUCGUUAUCGCUGUCACCUCGCUGUUGCCAAACCAGCUCAGACAUGGUCACGACCGGUCGGUAUGGUCCGAAUUAUGCUUUGGUUACACCUGGAGAGGAGAACCUGGAAGGCUUCAAGUCUAUGAUUUAUGGCGGCAUUUACACUCAGAACGACGUUGUAGGACAAUACCUCGCACGGAGAGAUGCACAGUAG